GAGAGACAGCAGCACCACCUGGACAGGCACUUUGGAUAUCUAAGACACACCGAUCAGGCUUUUUUUCCUGAUGCAUGUAUUCAGUUUUCAAUUUAUGUCACACUGCUCACUUUUUUCCUUUAGAUUUUGUUUUGUGGAAUUUUUAUUUCUCUGUAAUUUACCACUUUUUUUGUUUGCUAAAGUCUUCAGGAAGUCAGAUUGCAAAAGAAAACACUUCCGGUGCAUUGGAUAGAAAUCAUGUAUCUGAAAAGCAGAAAUAAUGUCAUCAAUACAGAGAGGAGUAAGAAGAACAUAAAAGGGAAAACAUGGGCUCACUUGAAGACGACCCCAUGUCAGGGGGAGAUCUUUACUUCAACGUCCCCAAAGUUGGGGAAAAAGGUGGACACAGGGGUGGACUCAAAGGAGAACACGACACAGGCGAAAGAGGCGAUGCAGCUCACUCCGUACGGGAAGGCCUUUUAUGACCUGACCCACUCAGAGAAGGUGAUGGAUGAUCUGACGUUUGGACGGCGGGUGGGGCUUUACGAGCUGAGAGGAGAGAUCGGCUCCGGAAACUUCUCCCAGGUUAGAUUGGGGAUACAUGACCUGACCAAAGAAAGAGUUGCAGUAAAAGUCCUGGAUAAGGUGCGUCUGGGCAAGCCAUCGCAAUCGCUUUUCACCUCAGAGAUCUCUUGUAUGGAGAAGCUGACUCACCCCAACAUCGUUCGCCUGUAUGAGGUGUUGGAGACGUUCAAGAGGCUCUACCUGGUGAUGGAGUAUGCCAGCGGAGGGGAGCUGUUCUCCCGGAUCAGCACCAGGGGGCGCCUUUCAGACCUGGAGAGCAAGCUGGUGUUCUCUCAGGUCCUUUCUGCAGUCAAACAUAUGCAUGACAAUAAUAUCGUCCACAGGGACCUGAAGGCUGAGAACGUCUUCUACACCAACACCUUCUGCAUCAAAGUCGGAGACUUUGGCUUCAGCACGUCCUGCUGCCCCAGCGACGUCCUCCACACGUUCUGUGGCUCUCCACCUUAUGCAGCCCCCGAGCUGUUCAAAGAGAACGGUUACAUCGGUCAGUUUGCAGACAUGUGGGCGCUGGGUAUCUUACUUUACUUCAUGGUGACGGCCACUAUGCCUUUCAAAGCUAAUAACACAGCCAAGCUGAGGCGCUGUAUCCUGCAGGGCUCCUAUGUCAUUCCUCCCUACGUACCCAGACCAUGCCAGGAGAUCAUUAAGGGCCUCCUGAAGGCGGUUCCUGUAGAUCGCCUCACCAUGAGACAGGUUAUGGCCAGCGACUGGUUGAGAGGUAUUGAGUACCCCGAGGCCUACUUUGUUUUUAGCCCCACACCCUACCACCUGGUGGAACCUUCACACAUCCUCAGCUCAGAUGAACUGAGUGUGAAGGCCGCUCUGGAAGAUCUCGGCAUCACCAAGGUCCAUCUCCUCAACAGCAGCCUCGACCUGAAGAGCCCCAUUACUGGAGCUUACCGCAUUUUGCUACACCGCAUACAAAAGAGGAGGUCUGUGGAGGCGGUGGGCUUCAGCCAGACUUUCACCAAAGAGUCCAAGAACAGACUUACAUGGAGAGCGGGCUCAGAUAGCCUGCUAAACAAACACCACUCUGUGGUGUGCAUCAUCAUGUAGUUUAGUUUCUUAAAAUUACAGUUUAGCAUUUUGGGAAAUGUGCUUAUUUGCCUUAUUAUCUCUACCAGGCAUAAGCACAAAGAGGACCAUGUGUGUUGUCGUUUGUGUAAAUUUGCAUUUGUCUAUCUGCAGCUACUACCGGACACAUUAGAAUUAUAUUUUUUGUGCACAUUUCUGACUGUAUACUCAAGGACCUCUUGGUGAUUCAGAUUUUCUUAAAAGCCUAUUUAAAAUCAACUAGCAAGAAGCAUUCCCAGUAAUCAGCUGACAACUAGCCCAGUCUGUUGCAGGCUACAUUUUGGGCUUUGUUCUAGCACAAAAACUGAGAUCCAUUAGAAAAGUUUGGUCUCAUUUUUAACCGGAGCAUCUGCAGAUUAAAU